UAGCUUCAUUCAUUCUUUCGUUCUCGGAAAGCAAACAUCGGAGGAACGCCGUCGAUCUUACGUUCGCUCGCCACCGGAAGAAAAUAUCGUUUCUCGUUGCGUUGCGUAGUGUGACCGUCGCAAAUUCGCGCCUGCAUAAGUGAACAAGUCUUCCACCACCUGAAGUGCGUCAGUUUUCGUUUUUCGAUUUGUUCCGAGGUCAAUCGAUCACGUGCUGCUACCGGUGGUGCGCCCGAUUACAGUGUUGUGAAGUGAGCAUUUUGUGUGUCCCAAAGAUUGUGAUCUCAGGUAAAAAAAAAACCUUCCAGCUGCUCAGUGAAGUGUAACGAAAGAGCCAGACAAGCGCCGCAAAACCUUCUUCAAGCUGCAACGUAACCAUAGCGUAACGUGACGAUUUUGCCGAUAAGAUCGCGAUCGCGAGCAACGGAUCCUACCUUGAGGAGAAGGGCAAACUCCGUCCAACAACCGUAUCCUACCCAAAGAACCCAAAACUUCCAGUGCGAAUUAAUCAAGUUCUGGGAAGUUUUCGGAAAACACCAAGCGCUAGCAACCCCGGGGGAAGCACUCACCCGUGAACCUAAUUAGAAAUACGAUAAUCAAUUUGGCGAACAAAACAAAAUUAUACCACUUCAUACUUGAGAGCGUUCAGAAAGUUCUUCGUUCCGGAGGUAUCGUGUUUCGUGCCACGUGUAGCAAUUCUUGCUAGGGGCUAGUGUUGAGUGUGAGAUCUUCAAAGGUAACAAAGUUCCUUCGCCUCAAACAUCUGUCACCACGGGGUUGUUCGAAGAACAGUGAAAGAGUGUAGCAAGCGUUCGGAACACAAUCUCCUAAUAAUCUCGGAAGGACCUCACCAGCUUCAGCUGGCUCCGAAACGUAACAGCCGGGUACCAAACCAUCGGGAAGUGAUCGGCAGGCAUUGGGACGGUUGCCUGCUGCAGCAUCAGCAUCACAACAACAGCAGCAGCCGGUAGACGCUGCAGUCGUUGGUUGCGUAGUGUGACGCGGCACGUGUGUGUACCAGCAGCUUCGUUGCGUUUGUGUUUUUUGCAUCAUCCAGCCAGCCACAUUUGGAAGCCAGAGGUUGCCUGAUUUAUUCUCGAUCGAACCGGAAACAUCUGCAAACGAUCGGUCGCGCUUUCGUAAGGGCGGGAAGCGGUAGCCGAAACAAAAAGAAGAGCUUCCGUUGCGUUUCAUAUUUGGCGACCAAAAGCUGAGACAAUUCGUCAAGAUUUUGUACAAAUCUUCUUCAAGCACCGGUAACAGCAUGCAGGUUGAAAGUGCAACGAAAUGGCGCGUCCCGCCACUAGAUCUGUCCGCGGUUAGUGUGCUGACGAACGAGACCGAACGGCGCUGGAAUCACGGCAACAACCACGGCACCGGUGGCACAACGAACCACGCUGGCCGUGAAUCGAACCCCCCGAGCUCACAGACAGCGAUCAAGAAGAUCCAGUACGGUGCGGACGGUCUGCCGAUCGAUCCGCGCGAUUGGACACGAGCAAACGUGUGGACCUGGCUGAUCAAUCUGGCCCAAUCGGAGGGAUUGGACAUCAGCCCCGAACUCGCCCAGAAGUUCCCCAUGAACGGGAAGGCACUGUGCCUGAUGAGUCUCGACAUGUACCUGAGCCGGGUGCCGAUCGGUGGCAAGAUGCUGUACCGUGACUUCCGGGUGCGGUUGGCAAGGGCCAUGAGCUUAUGAGCGGUUUGGUGCAGGGCUCUCAACCAAACCACCAAAACCGCCGGGUGAUCAGACCCCGCAGAACUGACAAUUAUACUAUUACUAGAGAGGAUCGCCAGCGGAAAGAUCUACGGCACGUUUAAUUUAUCGGUUUAUCAAUAAUAGCACCUAGUUACCAUAAGCUAGCAUCUCCAAAGUAGUGGCUCUUUAGUUUCUACCGCUUCUGUUUUUUGUUUGCACAGUUUUCCAACAGCAUAAUUCGAACCGAUUGACGGUAGUAGGAGCAGCAGCAACACCAAAACAUACAAUUUAUGCAGACAAAGGUAAUAGGCAAUAGCGAGCAGGAGGAGGGGACUAAUCUUUAAGUGUAAAUUCUGAAGAUUUUUUUUUUCGGUGGGAAAAGCUUUCAAAACUAUAAUUGUAACUUAAUGAUGGCAGCAUCAUUAGAAUAGGGCACAAUAUUCAUUUAACUCAGGCGUCACACACGUCAGGCCUAUGAAGGCAUAUUUAGUAUUUGUAUAGUAAUAUGCUAGGGCAUAAGUUACUCUAGUCAGUAAAUGCACACAAAAAUUUAAA